AUGUCGACUCUCGUGCCCCCACCUAGUAAACGCCAGAAGCUUGCUGCUGCCGAAAAGGCACGCGAGCAGCAGGAGAUUCAAAGUAUCCCCACUGAUCUUGGCAGUGUUCGUGUGCAAUUCUUCGACCAGGCCACCGGUAAUGCUACCGGGCCUGCAGUCUCGGUUCCCGUGGCCGAUGCAAACAUCAAGAACCUGGAAACACUUUUGAACACAUUGCAAGGAAAUGAAGACGAUGAACGAGUCCCGUAUCGCUUCACCCACCACCCCGACAAACCAGAAGGACAAACCAUUGAUAUUCUCUCGGACUUGUACCACUCGCUACUCCAGUCUGGCGUCAAGACCACCGAAGAUACAAUCUCUCUCUUCUUUACCCCGCAAGCGGUGUUCCGAGUCAAGGCUGUCUCCCGCUGUGCCGCCUCUAUCGCCGGUCAUGGCGAAGCCAUUCUCGCAACUUCCUUCUCCCCCGUCUCGUCCUCCACCAUGGUCUCUGGAAGUGGAGACUCUACCGCUCGUGUUUGGGAUUGCGAUACUGGCACCCCACUUCACACAUUGAAGGGUCACACUAGCUGGGUGUUGGCCGUGGCAUACUCGCCCAACGGUGCCAUGAUCGCGACCGGUAGUAUGGACAACACCGUGCGGCUGUGGGAUGCGAAGAAAGGACAGGCGCUCGGUGGCCCGCUUAAGGGUCACGCAAAGUGGAUCACCAGUCUGGCUUGGGAGCCCUACCAUGUGCAGGAGUCUGGGCGGCCUCUUCUGGCUUCGGCGUCUAAGGACUCAACUGUCCGCAUUUGGGAUGUUGUCUCUAAGCGCAUUGACAAAGUUUUGACUGGACACAAAGGCUCUGUUACCUGUGUGCGAUGGGGUGGUACUGGCAAGAUCUAUACUGCAUCGCACGAUAAGACUAUCAAGAUUUGGAACUCUAAGGACGGCACCCUUAUUCAGACUCUGUCGGCACAUGCCCACCGCGUGAACCACCUUGCUCUUUCUACCGAUUUCGCCCUGCGCGUUUCUUACCACGACCACACAGGAAAGGUUCCUUCAACAGAAGCCGAGAAGGUUGCUGCGGCGAAGAAGCGAUUUGAGGAGGCUGCCACUGUGAACAACAAGAUUGUUGAGCGCCUGGUGUCGGCCAGUGAUGAUUUCACUAUGUACCUGUGGGACCCAUCCAAUUCGACCAAGCCCGUGGCUCGUCUCUUGGGUCACCAGAAGGAGGUUAAUCACGUUACUUUCUCCCCUGAUAUGGCAUACAUCGCCUCUGCUGGAUUUGAUAACCACGUCAAGUUGUGGAACGGACGUGACGGAAAGUUCAUUACCACUUUCCGCGGCCACGUUGGUGCUGUUUACCAGUGCUGCUUCUCCGCAGAUUCACGACUUCUCGUAUCCUCAUCCAAGGACACAACCCUCAAAGUGUGGGAUGUGCGCUCGGGUAAACUGUCAGUGGAUCUGCCAGGUCACCAGGAUGAAGUCUUUGCCGUUGACUGGAGUCCCGAUGGGCAGAAGGUCGGCAGUGGAGGCAAGGACAAAGCGAUUCGGAUUUGGCGGAACUAG